AAAAUAUCUGGUGGCAACCCUGAUCAAUACAUUCGAUAAAAAUAAUAACAUGAAAUUCCUGGUGAUAAAAAAAUCCUAAUCUUAUAAAGUUUGUUUAUGGUCGUAAUUGCAAUUAUUGAGGAGACAAAAUGUCAUAUCAUUCUCUGGUUGGCACUUGGAAAGUUGUUAAAUGUGAACAUGUGAAAAAAACAAGUUCCAUGGGCAAUUUUGACCAUCAUUUAAAAUUUAUGGAGGGUAUAAGAGUAAGAUUAGAUGAAAAUGGAGAUGUGACUUGGAUGGUUCCCGAAGAUCUGAAAAAUGUUCCACUGUUUACCUGUGAAACUUAUGAAUUACAUAGACCAAGUGGAAAAUCAGGGACAAUAUUACGUUUUGGAGCUUAUGCAGGACAUGUUUUCGAGUUCAAUACCGACAAAUGGUUCAAAGACAGUGUAUCUCUAUCAUGUGAGGGAUUAUGUACCAUACACUGUAUUAAAGUUGCAGAUGAGGUUCCUUCAAACAAUUUGACUUCACUGUUCUCUCUAUUACCUGCUUUAGAGGAUGGCUACUUCUCAGAUAUAACGAUAAGAUCAUCUAACAAUAGAGAGUUCAAAGUUCACUCUGUCAUUCUUGAACUACAAGGAGAUGAUAUAGAUUGGUUUUCAAAUCCUCCACCAUUCAGCAAUCUAUCGGAAGAUGUUAUAGGAACAAUUCUACACUUUUUGUAUGCUGAGUGUUUACCUGAAAAUCUAUCUGAAAACGCUGCACGUGAAGUUAUUGAUGUUGUGUCACCAUUUAAAUCGCUUUCAAAAUUGGUUGAAAGUUGUCAACUUUUUCUGAAAAACAUAGAAUUGAAAAAACAAAUUAUAAGUUUAGUGGGUGACAUGCAUAAUUGUUUGAAUGAGAUGAUAACACGAUUCCAUGUCAGAGACAACCAACUGCCAGGGGAGAAUAUUACCGGAAGUCCUCUUAAGUUAUGUUUCAUUGUGAAGCAGUCAAUAAGAGAUGCUGCAGUAGCUGGUGCAAAGUUAUUACUUCUCUGUGAUGUUUUUUCAAAGAGGAAGAAGGAGUUGACGAGAUAUGAAAGGCACGAAAUAAUCCGUUAUGCAAAGUCAAGGUUUCCAGUAUUUUUAACACAACUCACAAGAUUCACCAAAGUUUUGAAAAAUACUCUCAAUUCCUUGUCACCUGCCCAGAGGAUGGAUAUUGCUACAUUUUUAGUACCAGAGAUCGAAAUAAUUCUGGACACCUUAUCUAUGUUAACUGCGCAUUUUGAAAAGGCUUUACAACAAAUGAUUCAGGGACUCUUCACACCAGAUUCUGCCAGAGGUGGAAGUGUCGGAGACACGAUUUCGAAAACUGUGAAGAAACUUCUUCAUAUCAGGGAGCUGACAAAACUCAAUUCUCUCCACGAACAUAUAACUUUUACUCUUGGUUUGAUACUUCAUAAAAAAGAAUCCUUUCUUCAGAUGACUUUCUCUCAAAAAGUUCGUUCGAUAGCAAGAAAUUUAGAUCAACUCAUAGAAGAACUACCAGUAUUUGUUAUAAGGCUAGAAGAAACUGCUUCCGCAUUUGAAGAGAAAUUAGAGUGGAGAGAUUUCAAAUUCUGUUUCAAAGUGGGGAUUAGCAAAGUGCACAAUCCCUCUAACCACAGUUCAUUGGAAGAUCUAACUUCAGAUCGAAACUCCUCUAGGAUGGACUCGAGCAUAUCUCAGUUGAGGGAUAUUCUAGGGGAAACAUCAUCCAGGGAAUCUCUAGUUGAGGUCAUAUUAGCUGCAGAUUUCGAUUUACAACGAGCUAUUAACUAUUAUUAUGCUCGUAAUAAUGAUCAAAAAAUAGUUGUACACGAUACCGGACCUUUUCUGUUCAGAAUAUUGUUAGAAUAUUUAUACAGUGGAAGGUUGAAGUGUGAUUCAUUGUCUUCUGAACAGUUGGUGGAACUGUUGCUGCUCGGCGACAGGUACGAAAUGGAUGCUUUGAAACACACCUGUGAAUAUGCCUUAGUGGGCAUCAUAGAUGCUGAAACGGUUAUAUAUUUUUUAAGUGUAGCUGAUCAGUAUAAUGCCAGAAUAUUGAAAAACCAUUGCUUGGGUUACGUGUCUCAACAUCAUGAUUUAACAGAGUCUGAUGAGUUUUUCGAACUCCCGAUAUCUCUGCAAGCCCAGAUAUUUGAAGAAUGUGUCUUCAGUCAAUCAAGUGGAAAACCAAGUGAUUUUGAUUUUGGUUUGGAGCAUCUCCUUCCGUCUUCUCCUGCAAACAGUCCAGGAUCCAAUGAGAUAACAAAGACAUUGGAGUCGAUGUUAUUGACACCCGAA